AUGGCAAGAUUUGUUCGGCCGCCCACGAUCAGACCAACAAGGCAGCCGAAAUUUGAAUGGCGGGCUUGCGAAGCGAGGUGUUUUGCCGGCUUCAUGUUGCCAAAGAGCCAGCGCCAGGGUAUUCAGAGGGAGGGUGGCGGAAGAUCUACAAGGCAGAUGUCGCCUUCGGAGCUCAGCACGGCUGUUCGGAUUGCCUCACAGGGGCCCAGAAAGCAGGAUAUGCGGUUAUGGCGCGAGUACGCUGAGGCCGCACUCUUCCAUGCAGGCGCUAUGCAGCCGAAACAGAUGGCGUUUAUUGCCAAUGGCUUUGCAAGAGCUGAAGUCCCCGAUCGGGAAGUUUUCGAUCGAAUGUCAGACCAGGCUAUCCACUGCGUCGACGAAUUCGAUCCGCGAGACGUUGCGCUUUUCCUCAAUGCUUUUGCCAAGCUCCAGUUUCGGGACCUGGCGCUGUUCAAGGUCUUCUCGAAAUCGAUCCGCAGGAGCGCUCCGACUGGCUUUGGCGAGCAGCAACUCGCACUCAUUUCCAACGCAUAUGCCAGGCUUGAGAUCGCAGACGGACCACUCUUCCAAAAGCUCAGCAGCUGGACUGUGGAGAAGGUAGUAGAGCUCACUCCACAAGGAACUGCAGCCGUGGCAAAUGCCUGGGCGAAGGUGACAUUUCGUGAUGAGAACCUGUUUGCAGCACUGGAGAGUGCGAUUGGUCGGAAUCUUUCAAGCUUCAAGGCUCAACAUGUUGCGAAUCUGCUGAAUGCAUAUGCAAAACUGCAGCUAAAGGAUGCAGAAGUGCUUGGACAGCUGGCCUUGCAAAUCCCAAGCCGGGCAAGGGAUUUGGUUCCCAUGGAGUUGUCCCAAUCUCUUCACGCCCUGGUAAAGCUCGGGAUUGCCUCGGAGAAUCGGAAAGCUCUCUUCUGCUUAGCGGAGGCCGUCGAAGAGCGUGCAUCGGAGUUCCACAGCCGCCAGCUCGCGGUCUCAAUGCAUGCCUUCAGCAUGCUGUCCACCAACCACGGGAAGAUGUUCCAAAGCCUGGCUCCGCAGGUGCUGGCCACACUGGGCAUGGCAGACGACCAAAGCGUCGCCAUGCUGUUCUGUGCUUAUGCCCGGUCUGGCCAAGUUCAUGAGCAGGUAAUUCGAGGCUUGAUGGACAAGCUGUCGGAUGCUAUUCCGAAUUCGGAACAACAGACGCAGGUGCAGCUUUUCUACGCAUGCGGCCGGCUUGCACUUCACAAGGAGCCUCUGACGCGAGUGCUGGCCGGAUCCUUGCGUGGCAAAGUGCCGAGUUUAUCCUCGCAGCACGUGGCCAACUGCCUUCUGACGAUUUCCCGCUUAUCACUGGCAUCCGAAGAGUUUGCGGCACUGCUGGCCGCGCUGCAGGCUCGGCUGUUGAGAAAAGAUGUGAAUUUCGAAGUGCAGCAACUGGCCAACUCUUUCCAUGCCAUUGCGGGCAUCCACGGUGACGGCGCGCCUGUGCAGCUGCACCCCACUCCUCUGCCCGCGCCUGUCCUACAGAUCUUGAUAGACCAGGUGGAGAAGUCAGGUCCAAGUUGGGCAGAGCAUCCACAACUCAUGGCUUCCGUUGCAGUGUCCUGCGCUCGACUACAGCACAGCUCUGCCGCUUUGUUUUCCCUGGUGAGCAAAACAGUUCGGAGCGGGGCGCGUGCGAACCUGUCGAAUCGUAACCUGUCGGACCUUCUUUGCGCUUAUGCGGCUUUGGGCUACUUCGACAUCGACCUUUUUUCCUGGGUGCUUGGCCAGUUGGAUGCAAACGGCCGUCUGGCAUCGAUUCCUAUGGAUUCUCUGGUCAACGUGCUGUCAGCGCUCGACUACGCCAACUCUGCGGCACCGGCGGCUGGCAUCAGCAGCUGGGAGGAACCGAGAACACUACACCUUGCAACAGAAGCUGAGGGCCAUCGACGAGGCGAUGGGCCCAUGUCGCUGCUUUUCCUGCAGUGCCCCGAGUCUUUUCAACUCCAGGCAACUGCUUUCUAUGAGCAAGUGGGCUUGGCACUACUCACGCUCUCGCGAAGUCUACCGGCUUUGCAGCUGCAAGAUCUUGCUUUGCCUUUCGCAAGGGCCGGAUUGCUCGACAACGCUGUCCCAUUCGAUCUCGUUACAGAGGAGACUCGACACUUCUUCAAGACGGCUGCACUGGCUGCCCCACCACCACCGUCACUGCUGAAAGUGCAGGGAAACCCUUGCAUUCAGGAGCUGGUCGACGACGGGGGGCCCGCCGCGCCAGGCGUCGAUGACCCACCGGCAGCUGGCACGCAGUGCUUGUUGGACCUCCUCUUGGAGGAGUUGCAGUCGGGUGCAGCAAGCGAAGAUGGAGCUGGGAGGCAUGACGGCGCACGUCUUGCCAGACUGCUAGCAAGAUAUGCUGGUCUAUUGCCGCCAGGUAAUGCAGAGGGCUCUUCCGCGAGGUCUGCUCCCCCGGCUGUGCUAGAUCCGAUCCUGAGGUGCCUGGGAGUUGUCCUGAAAGACUCCGCUCGGAGUUUGACCUUCAACGACCUUGCGGCUGCUUUGGAAACUCUUGCAGACGCUGGGAUUCGGCCACGCAGCGUGCUGGAGGCGCUGAUGUCUGCAGCAGAGGCUUUCCAAUUUCCUGCUUUACAAGAUGAUGCUGCGACAUCCGUUGCCGCUCUGCUGCACGGCUGGAGAGCUUCAGGGCGGCAGCUGAGUCCGGCCCUACGACGACGCCUUAAAGACUUCUUGUCCCAAUUCGAGGCUGCAGGAUCUUCCUUUUCGAUGCUGGGUGAUCGGCCAUUCCGUGUUGCAGCGCGCAUUCUGGCAGCCACAGAUUCAGGCUUGAUACACGAGGAGGGGCGCUCCCUUCAGAAAUUUCUCCACACUCUGCUUGCAGAGGCAGUCGACAGCCACGGACAUCACCACCCCGACCUUUUUGAGCUGCUACUCGCGUUGCAGCAAGUGGAAUCAGAUGCCAGUCUCGUCGAGCUGCUGAACGAUACCAAGGUUGUCCUCCAAGUCUUGCUAUGUCAGAAAGCUCCGAUUGGAGUGCAACCUGCCCGCCUGGUUGAAUUGCUGGAGAUGCUGGCAAGAUCUGGCGAGUGGGGCUCAGAGCUCCUGUCAGCAAUCGCAGAGGAAGCUUUAUCACAGUCGCAGGUUCUGGGACCAGCCGGUAUUGCAUCAGCUCUCCAGGCAUUGUCCAGGCUCGGCGCUUUAGCUGAGCCGCGGUGCCACCUGAGUCAGAGUUGGGCAAGCCUUUUGAAGAAAGACAUCGGUCAGAAGUUGCAGGUUUCCUUUCGUCAAGAGUCGAGCCAACUGGCACGUCUGGCUGCGGAUCUCAUGCGUUCACUAUUGGUUCUGGAGCGCCGACUUAGUGUGGCAGAGGCUGCAAAGGGAGCUCACUUUUGCACAUUGGCAUUUGAUUCCAGUGUGCUGACAGAGUCCGAGCGGGCAGAGGCUAAGGCCGGCCUCGCACGCUUGCUGGAGCGGCUUAGCUGGGACAGGCAGCGUUGGUCCACCGAGGACACCAAAUUGGUAAAGGAGGUGGCAACCCUCCUUCGAUCCGAAUAUCCGGAGCUGCUGCAGAGCAACUGGGUUCCACGAUCCGUUGUGACAACGAUUGAUUUGAUAAGAUAG